AUGGACAAGACUGAUCAAGACGCUAUUGACGGCUCAGCCUUAGAGCUAAACCGCACGGAGAGAACGGUAGAGACGGUCUUACGAGUAGCAUCAAUGGCUCUAAGUAUUGCGGGUCUCGUGAUCAUGAUCAAGAACUCUAUCUCCAACGAAUUUGGCUCUCUUUCUUACUCAAGUCUUGGAGCUUUCAAGUAUUUGGCGAAUGCUAAUGGAGUUUGUGCUGCAUAUUCUCUUCUUUCUGCUAUCUAUGUAAUAGCUAUUCCGUGUCCAAUAAGCAAGCUCCGAGUCUGGACAUUUUUCUUGCUUGACCAAGUUGUCACGUAUGCGGUUCUAGCGGCUGGAACUGUAUCUGCAGAGACGGUUUACUUAGCAUAUAAAGGAAACUUAGCCAUCACUUGGAGCUCUGCUUGUGAUUACUACGGAGUCUUUUGUCACAAGGCACUGAUCUCAGUUAUGUUCACAUUUCUUGUGUCUAUUCUCUACAUGUUGCUUUCACUCAUCUCUUCCUAUAGACUCUUCAGUAGAUUUGAAGCACCUAAGCAGUAA